CUGCAGACAUGGAGGCUUUUCAACGACGACUGUUUUGUUUUCCUCCUGCAAAAUUGUGCUUUUCAUUGCUCUACAUUUCUCUGUCAUUUAACUUAUUUUGUUGCUCAGCUGACAGAAAUGACAGACCUAUAAUUGGUGUUUUGGCUCAGGAGGUUUUUUCGCCCAAACCGAACGAGUCUGCUUACAUUGCUGCCUCUUAUGUGAAGUUUCUGGAGUCUGCUGGAGCCAGAGUUGUGCCCGUCAUGAUUAAACAAACUCUGGAAGAGUACAAGACUCUGUUCAACUCCAUCAAUGGCAUCCUGUUUCCAGGUGGAGGUGCCAGCAUCAUCUCCUCCGAGUACCAACGGGCUGCAGAAGCCUUUUAUGAGCUUGGAAUUGAGGCGAACAAGAACGGCGACUAUUUUCCCAUGUGGGGAACCUGUCUGGGGUUUGAGCAGCUGACGUAUCUGACGAGUGGAAAGUUUCUGCUGACACACACCAACACGAGCGGUGUGGUGUUGCCUCUGGACUUCACCAAAGACGUCAACGACAGCAGGAUGUUUAAAGGCUUUCCAGGUGAACUAAUGGCAGCUCUGUCCACCGAGAAGAUUACAGAAAACUCUCAUCAGUGGAGUUUAACGACAUCGGAUUACAACACAAAUGCGGAGCUGACGAGGUUCUACAAAGUUCUCUCCACAAACACGGAUGGAAACGUGGAGUUUGUGUCAACAGUUGAAGCUUAUGAUUAUCCGAUUUAUGGGACGCAGUGGCAUCCAGAGAAGAAUGCAUUUGAGUGGACCAGGCCUUACAUUGCUCAUUCUCCAGCAGCGGUCAAGACAACCUUCUACAUGGCUCAAUUCUUUGUCAGUGAAGCGAGGAAGAACUUCCACCGAUUUGAGUCCAAAGAAGAAGAGAGCAAAGUGCUGAUAUACAACUAUAAUCCUGUUUACACGGGGGACGUCUCUGCCUUCGAGCAGAUCUAUUUGUUUUGAUGCCUCAUUGCAAAGUUUUUUUGUCUGCUCAGCGGCUGAUUCGCUGCUUUGAGACCUGAACAUUUCUUUUGAUGCUCCUUUUUUAACAUUUUUUUAAAUCUGAAAACCAUCGGGACACUAAAUAUAGAAUAGAUGUAUGCUGGAAAUAUGAAUAACGAUUCCACAAAAACUUCCCAGCAUGCAUCAAAGAUGCUGUAGCUGCACUUUGGAAAGCUCCUGCAGAUAGUCACAUUUUAAGGCCUCUUUAUCUCAGAAUUAUUACCUUACUUAGCGGCUCCCCUGCAGGCAGUCGGCGGCUCGGCGGUGAUAACAGUGGAGGGUCUGGUGUUUCAGCUGUAACAAUGUGUCGGCCAGAAUAAUAUAACACCGAGUCGGGCCUUGUCAUGGGAACGACACAUUUAGGAGCCAUCAGGGUUUCCUUUGGUGACAUAAAGCAGG